AUUCAGCUCGCUUCAUUGGUAUUAAUGCAGCUUUGGUGUCCUAUUGCUUCGAUGAAUGAGGAAGAGUUUACACAAUUGUGUUAAUUUAAUCAAGUCAGAAUCGUACGUGACUUGUCCUGAUAUAUCAAUUUGUGAGUUGUUGUUAGUUAUACAUAUUUGCGUACAUAUCUAAAUACAUACUCAAUAGUCCUAGAGUUCUGUAUACAUGUGCAUAUGUAUACUCGUUGUUGUAAUUGUAAUUUAACAUAUUCAGCACGUAGUACUGCACAAAAAAUACAUAAACUUCCAGAAUGAAACCACGAGAGCAGACCAGAAUGCGAAGUAAAAUUCAUUGUUAGCGAAUUAACAGGCAAUUCGGUGUAAUUUAAAUUAAUAUAUAAAACACAAUUGCAAAACUCUGGAUGCAAACAGUUCAAAAGUUGAGACUCUCACGUUCACAAUAAAUCUCCAACCGAUUCACACCAACUUGUGACAUAUUUUAAGAGCAUAAUGGGGUCUGCGAUACGAAAUUAUCAACGACGUCUGAGUGGAGCUAGUAUCGGUUCCGACAAGAUUUGUCCAUCAUCAACGCAUUUAUUCUUACAGAAGGUUCCCUCCUCUUCGAAUGUACCUCCAGCAACGGAGGGACGGAGGACUAGCAUUUAUCUGGAUCAUACAGACGAUGGACGCCCCGUUUUACUUCCAGAAUCUCGACGCGUUUCCUUACACCCCGAUUACACAUCGGACAAAGAAUACCUAAAGUUCUUGACGAGAGAUAGAAGAGCGUCGGCGGAUGCGAUUCAGUCGGACACGUAGUUUGUGGGGAAUUUUUAGAAUUUUAUUUUUAUUUUAAUCAUGGUUUACUAAUUAUGGCUAUUUAGAGUAGAUUAGUUAAGAAUACAAUUCUUAAAUCAACACCCUUUGAGAUUAUGAGCUAAAUAAUCUGGUUUAAUCCUUAGGGAUUAUUAAGUGACUUAUUUUAACUAUUUUUUAAAAUUCAGGUCAUUGCAAUGCCAACAAAACCUAAAACUAACAAUAACUACCAAAAUAAAUUAGCACUGAAGAGAAUAAGUUUAAUAAAAACAAUUGGGAUACCAAGAAUAACCAAUUAAAUAAUCGGUCUAGUUUACUAACAAAUGCAUAACUGUAAAUUUAACAAUGAAGCAUGUUUUUUGUUUACAAUGCACACUAACUUCGGUUCAAUUAAUUAUGAUACUUUUUGUUUAUCUCAUCCACUUUCCGUAAAAAUAUUUAUAAUACGAAAAACUUGUUACGGUUUUAUAUCUUACUUAAUUCCCUUAUUUUUGUUAAAGUAUUUCGAAUUUCACCAGCACCGUCAACCGUACGGUUUGUAUCGUGCUUGGGGAUAAAAUAUAAAUAAGUAAGUAUUCAAUUUGAACAUUAUAACACAAUUAUAUUCUGAAUAAUCUAAAUCAUCACUUUCCACCAAUUCGAAACGAUCCUGUUUCUCUAAAACAUAUUUGUAUGUAAUCAACAAAUUUCGAGGAUCUUAAUUUUAAAAUGUAGCAAACAAUUCUGUCAAAGAAAUUAAUAACAAAUUUAUGAUUCUGUGAUCAUGUGGUAAUUUAAUUGGUUUACUCACUUUUGACAAGUAUUAUAAAAAUAAACUAUGUCUUGUAGCUUAAUUUCAAUUUCUAAACUUCAUUAUCGUAAACUUAAUAUCACGUUGUGGGUGUGAAUGCCAAUGAGAUUUUCAUUGUGUUAGAUUUAAAGAAAAUGCAGUAGUUAACCUGAUUUAAUGUGUUUUCACUUUACUAUUAUCGUUUUACUUUCUUUUUGAAAACUGUAGUAGUGAAUAUCUAGAUCAUAAAUACAAAGACCCUGAUCUCAAAACCCUUACACCCCCUCGCCCUUCGCAUAUAGCACUGUAUCAACUUUUACCCCCCCCCCCCCCCAAAUUUUUCGUUACAUGCAUAACUAAAGACGGCAUUAUUGGGCUUCUUUGAAUUGUCACGCUUGAACUUUAAAUACUUAUGCACAUGAACUUUAUAUUCUAUUCAUCUAUUGAAUAAUGCUAAGGUUUAAAUUUCAAGGUAAAAUAUUAUCAUGCAUAACAAUAAAUUCAGCAUGGACUCUACAUAAAUAUGAUGUUAAAUUAUUUGUUCCCGUAAAAUAUAACAAUAAAUGUCAUGCCGUCCUCAAUUUUUUUAAAAUCAAUUACAAAAUAUAUAGACUGUAAAAGCUGUUUUCAUUAAGAACACGCGAUGCACGUGUGGACGUUGAUUAUGAUCAAACCUUUGUCGAUACAAUUUGCUUUUUCAUGUAAAAAUUUUUGGUUAAAAUUUUUAUUUAGCGUUUAAAACCUUUAAUAAGUAGUUUCAGUCUUAAUUUGUAUUGCGCUGACAAAAUUAAAUCAAACAUAAUAAAAUGUUCCUAAAGUGUAAACGUGGUGGACCAUUUUAUAUUUUGACACUGAUUCUACUUUUUCCAACAUUCGUACUGGGAAACGGGUCACAUCAGCAUUCUAAUCCAACAGUAAAGAACUCAACCAAUUUUAAUACUAAUAAAAAUGGAAAAAUUAAUAGCCCUGCUAAAGUGGUUGUAACUCCACAUCCGUUCAAUCACAAAAUGAAUCUGACAAAGGCAAAGAAUUCAACACCUUUUCAUAAUGUUAGCACCACAAAAACUAAUAAUGCUACAAAACACCUGAAAUCCAGCAGCCAAAAUUUUACUCUUAACUCGACAACAACUUAUCACAAUCAUGGCCAUGUUAAACCAAAGACUUUAAAUACCACAAGUUUUGGCUCGUUAAAUUCAAGCACAACGAAAAAGUCUAAUGGCACGACAAAUCCUCUUAAAUACACGUCUCAAGCAAAUUCUUCCAAGCCACAUACAACUUUGCAGCAUUCGCAUAUCUCGACAAAUUUUACGAAGACAAACUUUACAAAACCAAUUGCUAAACCAAACCCCACAAAAUCAAUUGCAAAGUUAAACGCCACGAAACCAUUUACAAAGCUAAACGCCACAAAACCCAUCUUUAUGCCACCCAUUUCAAAGAAAAAUUCUACAAAUUUAGGAAAUUUGACUAAAAAUAACACUCUGAAUCUUCAUCCCAAAAAUGACAAGCCUUUAUUUCCUUCAAAAUAUAUUCCUCAUCACUGUCUAACAACUAAUUGCACUAUGGGCAUCCCAAGUUGUCCAUUUGGAUACAUGAAACUUGAUCACGAUAAGACUGGCUGCCCGAAACUUUCCGAGUCCAGAAACUACUGUUGCCCAUUUGGUCAAGGUCCUUCCUGUUUUACGACGUCAUGCACCCCUUUCAUCUCGACCUGCCCAACCGGGUAUCGUCAAUUGGAUCGCGAUAUGACCUCAUGUGGAAAAAAGAAUCAUGAAAGGAGUUUCUGCUGCUUAAAAAAUCGUGAAAUCAAAAUUUUUAACACAUCCUGUACAACAUUCAUCCCAACAUGUCCUGCUGGGUACAAAAAAGUCAAAAGGUUGACUGGCAAAAAAGCAAAUUGUACCAAGACUUAUAUGCAGCGCAAUACUUGUCUUAAAACUUCAAGCGGUUCCAGAAAUGGAAGUGGUGUGACGAUGCUUGUUGCAAUGGUUUUCAGCAUUGUAGCAGGUUUAGCACGAUAAGAAUAAUAUUCACAUUUUCAAAAUCUAAGUCUUUGUUAAAUAUGUAUGUAAGAAAGUCAAGUUUUUAGCUUGCUUUUGUGGGUACAAAAUAAACAAAAGGAACACAGAAG